CUCCAGGUCAGGGGUUGCGGUCGCCGUCUCCGCCGGCUUGCCAGCCCGCGCUUGGCCGGCCGUGCGGGUUAGGUGCUAGGUCCCGGGACUUUGCGGAGCAUCCUUUUGGGGGGCCACUGCUGCCGUCCUCUGAGGCGCAUGCUGCUAUCAGACCCGCUUUACAAGUGGCAAGACACGCAAAAAGUCACUUACGUGGGGCCACACGGUACGUGACCGGGCGUCCCGCCGAGAGCUGUCUGGGGCAGAAGCCUGUUAUUUUAACGUCGUUGUCUUACAGAGAGACAGAAAAAUCAGAUAAUCAUUGGUGAUCAGAACAUUGUCAUACCUUGACUUAGUACCUAAACGCGACUUCUGAGGUUUCUUCAGGAUGCCUGCAGCACUUGUGGAGAAUAGCCAGGUUAUCUGUGAAGUCUGGGCAAGCAAUCUAGAAGAAGAGAUGAGGAAAAUCCGAGAAAUUGUGCUCAGUUACAGUUAUAUUGCCAUGGACACAGAAUUUCCAGGUGUUGUGGUACGACCAAUUGGUGAAUUUCGUAGCUCCAUAGAUUACCAGUAUCAGCUUCUGAGGUGCAAUGUUGACCUUUUAAAAAUUAUCCAGCUGGGCCUUACGUUCACAAACGAGAAGGGAGAGUACCCUUCUGGAAUCAACACUUGGCAGUUCAACUUCAAAUUCAAUCUUACAGAGGACAUGUACUCCCAGGACUCCAUAGACCUCCUCGCUAACUCAGGGCUGCAGUUUCAGAAGCAUGAAGAAGAAGGCAUCGACACACUGCACUUCGCAGAGCUCCUUAUGACAUCAGGAGUGGUUCUUUGUGACAAUGUCAAAUGGCUUUCCUUUCACAGUGGCUAUGAUUUUGGCUACAUGGUAAAGUUGCUUACAGAUUCUCGCUUGCCAGAAGAAGAACAUGAAUUCUUUCAUAUUCUGAACCUUUUCUUCCCAUCCAUUUAUGAUGUGAAAUAUCUGAUGAAGAGUUGCAAAAAUCUUAAGGGAGGUCUCCAGGAAGUUGCUGAUCAGUUGGAUUUGCAGAGAAUUGGAAGGCAGCACCAGGCAGGCUCAGACUCGCUGCUGACGGGAAUGGCGUUCUUCAGGAUGAAGGAGCUGUUUUUUGAGGACAGCAUAGAUGACGCCAAGUACUGUGGACGGCUCUAUGGCCUGGGCACUGGCGUGGCGCAGAAGCAGAGUGAGGACUCGGACUCUGCCCAGGAGAAGCUGAGCAUCCUGGCCGUCAUCAACAACAUGCAGCAGUGACGCUUCCUGCGCUGUGCCGCCGGCCUCCCUGAGCGCAGGUGCGCCUGAGUGGCAGGAAGACGUGUGUUCUGGGAAGGCUGAAGAUGUGCUCAUUUUAGAUCCAGAGAGCGGAGUCGUCUCUGAGUUUGUAUGCAGGGCUGCCCCAUUCCGCAUCCCUACAUUUCCUGUCCAGCCGCCUCCUGUCACCAGCAUCCAUAGCGCCUUUGACACUAUUUUAAAUAUCCAGGACAAGGCUGAAACAAACAAGUAAAAUGUAUAUAACUCUUAUCUGUUGUCAUUCUUUUUCUUUUAAAUUUGUUGCUAAUCUCUGAUAAGAUGGCUUCUCAGCUGAAGGUUUCCAGAGGAAAGGGCGUUCUUGGGAAGUGGUUCGUAGAUUCUGAGUCUCGCCCCCCACCCUUUUCUUGACCUGACCCUUCUUGAAGACGUUGGCUUUUCUCAUGCUUCGUAGUCUUUACUUAUGUGUUAUUAUAUAGAAAUGAAGUACCUGGUGCUAAAGCUAGACAAGCGGAUUAGCUGACAUCUUGACAUCUGUUCCACUGUGCCACUGAGAUCUGUCAUUUAUGCAUCAUCUGAAGUCGUAAAUUUUCAGCUAAUGAAAUCUGGAUUUGAUCUGAAGGAAAUGAGUAAGACAAGAUUUUGGGGCCUUAUUUCUGGUUUCAGAAACGUGAUUUCAGAUGCUCAUGUUUCUCCCUCUUCCUUUCCCCUGCUUUUCCUUUCAGCAGACCCAAGGAGGUAGGAGGAUGGGUAACGGGAGUACCAGGCCGUGUGGCUUCUUAAACUUGUGCACAGGGCAGUAAAGGAAUUGGUUGAGAGAGAUCUUGGGGUGAUAGCCCACAGCUGGGGUGGAAAACGCAGGACUUUGAUUUUAGAACUAGUCAUUUUAAAAUCACAGUUUUCUUUGACUGCAGGAUGGAUAGAAAAGCCAACCUUUUUGAAUGGUGAAAAUAAGAGCUGGUACCUUGCUAAAAUGGAAGAAUAGUUUCAUGUUUUAAAAGCUAUGGAAAACUCAAUUUGAAAUGAUUAAAAAAUGUGUUAUAAAAAAUAAA